AUGUCGGGCAUCACCAACCCACAUCCUAGCCCGAACGAAGAGUAUGCAGAAUAUCCUCUGCCAAUCAUUAGCACCAAUCCUGGUGAUCGCCAAAGCCUUGAACGUGAGGCGACUGCCGAUGUCAGCCAAUACAACGUCGGACUCGAGCCACCGGCAGACAGUCGCGCCAGAUCCCAUCGUGUUCGCUUUCGCUCACUGAGUCUGCGCCGAACUGGCUCACCGAAUGCCUCAGACCCUUCGGCGCGCCCAUUAUUAUCACCAUCAGACCUUCGCGAAGUGCCCCUCGCCGGAACCAUCACCCCGCCUGCCCCAGCACAUUCCCGACAUGGCUCUGGCCUCGCCAACGUACACACCCCAGAGGAGUUUGCUCAGUUCGAGAAACAUGACUUUGCAGACAGCAUGGAUCGCACUGUCUCUGCCCGGGACCGGUUUAGAGCUGCUGGUCACCUUUUGCACCAGAAAACUAGUCGCUUGACCGAACGUCUCGGUCGCCCCCCGGAUGAGGGCGAGGCGCUCAGCGCAUCAUACAUUCCAGACGACUUUGACACCGGUAUCCCACGUGAAGAGCCCCAGGCCCGCCGCUCUCGGCAUGAAACCGACCAACUGCGCGCAUUGGAGGAUGGGGAGACUGUUAUCGAACCACCCGCCAGUGCCGAGGCGCAUCGCCUCGUUCGUAGUAUGACCAUGGUCCAGGAUCAGAUGCGCAAACGAAAGCCCCGUGGCGCAUAUCAACGAUCGGGACAGUCAACCCCGGAGGGCUUGAUCAAGGGCUUUGCCCAGCGCCGCCGGUCGAGUGGACUCGCCGGCGGCAGUGGGAUCCUCUCCCAACUACUGAAACUCCACGCGGCUCAGUCAGGAAGCUAUUCGCGCCCGGAAAGUGUCAUCACCGAUGACUCCGACAGUGAGACACAGGUGUCUUCUGGUAUAAACACCCCGAAGAAGGGUUCCCUCUCACCCACCAUUACUCUGUCCAUGCCAACCUCUGGCUCUGUUACGCCACGCAAGGAGAAGCUCAAAUGGUACAAGAAGCCAACGCAUCGGUCCACCUCGUCACUUGUCAAUGCCUCCAUGAACCUCAGCACUGCCAGUCUGCCUGCCGCAGUGGACGUCGCGCCUGGCAUUCACGGAAAACGGAAGAAGAAGCGCAAGACCCGACUAGAAGAUGAAAUUCGUGUCACUGUGCAUAUCGCGGAGAUCAUCGCCCGUCAGCGCUAUAUCAUGCAGCUCUGUCGUGCGCUCAUGCGAUAUGGUGCGCCGACCCAUCGUCUGGAGGAGUACAUGCAAAUGACCGCCCGUGUCCUGGAGGUGUCGGGCCAAUUUCUGUAUCUGCCUGGCUGCAUGAUUAUGUCGUUUGAUGAUCCGACAACGCGCACUGCGGAGGUCAAACUCGUGCGAAUGGUGCAGGGUGUCGAUCUCGGUCGCCUCGCUGAUACACACAACGUUUACAAGAACGUUGUUCACGAUCUAAUCGGUGUUGAAGAGGCAACUCAUGAACUGGAUGAUAUCAUGCAGCGAAAACCCCGAUUCAACAAGUGGAUUCUCGUCUUGAUGUACGGCAUGGCUAGUACUGCCGUUGGCCCGUUCGCUUUCAAAGCGCGACCCAUUGAUAUGCCCCUGAUCUUCUGUCUCGGGUGUAUUGUUGGGCUGAUGCAACAUGUUCUUGCGCCUAAAUCCACUCUCUACUCCAACGUAUUUGAGGUCACAGCUGCUAUCUUGACUUCUUUCCUUGCGCGUGCGUUCGGCAGCAUCAGGGUCACCCGCAAUGGUCAAUCUGAAGAACUCUUUUGUUUCUCCGCUAUGGCACAGUCAUCUAUCGCUCUCAUUCUUCCAGGUUUUAUGGUUCUUUGUAGCAGUCUGGAACUGCAAUCCCAUCAAAUUAUCGCUGGAUCGAUCCGCAUGGUAUAUGCUAUUAUCUACUCUUUGUUCUUGGGCUAUGGUAUCACAGUGGGGACAACAAUCUACGGGCUAAUGGAUGGCAAUGCGACAUCGUCAUCGACCUGUUCAGGCUUGGAUGUCUACGGCUCAGUUUAUGCCCGCCAGUUUCCGUUUGUGGCUAUUUACGCCGUCUUCCUGGCCAUUGUCAAUCACGGCAAGUGGAAGCAAAUGCCGGUCAUGGUUUUCAUUGCUGUGUGCGGGUACAUCACCAACUAUUUCAGUACCACCAAACUCGGCACCCAAUCGGAAGUCGCCAACACCGUCGGCGCAUUUACCAUUGGCGUUUUGGGCAACUUGUACAGUCGUCUAUGGCAUGGACAUGCCGCCACUGCCAUUCUCCCCGGUAUAUUUGUGUUGGUUCCCUCCGGUCUUGCUUCCAGUGGAUCCUUGAUCGCCGGCAUCAAAUAUGCCGAUGAGGUUCGCCAGAACCUCCAAAAAAGUGGGAACAGUUCCUCCUCCGGCGCUCUUUCUGGAACUUCGGUUGCCAGUCUUGGUUUUGGUAUGAUCCAAGUCGCGAUAGGUAUCACAGUCGGACUCUUCAUCGCGGCGUUGGUUGUCUAUCCAUACGGCAAGAAGCGCACUGGUCUGUUCAGCUUCUAG